GUUACUUGGUAAGUUGGUUGGAGACUUGAAGUCUUGGAGUGACUAAUCAUGGACAAAUUUUUGAUCAAACGACCAAGGAGUGAAGAGUCAUCAAAUACUCUUAAAGUACCAUUGGACUCUAAAUCAAGUGAGAAGAACAUUAAUACAAAUUUUAAUGACAACGACAUUGUUAGUGAUCCCGGAUUACGAAAACCAAUUGAAGACUUUGAUAUUGGGAGAGUGCAAUUUCAAGGAUUCCAAAGUCAAAGACAAUGUGUGUCACACCAGUUGGUUGCAUAUUCACAUGAGAUGGAAGUUGCAUAUCGUAUUCGUUUGACGGCGAUUUUAGAUGUGACUCGUUUUCUAUUGAAGCAAGGUUUACCUUUCCUUGAAAAUGAUGAGUCUUCAAACUCACUAAACAAAGGCAAUUUUCUUGAGUUGCUUGAUUGGUAUAGCCUACGAAAUGAAGAGGUUUGGAAGAUAGUCAAUCAAAAUGCCCUUGGAAACAAUCAAUUGACUUCCCCAAAAAUUCAAAAGGAGUUGGCAAAUGCUUGUGCAACGGAGAUUACAUGUGUUAUUGUUGAUAAUAUUGGGGAUAAUUAUUUUUCUCUUAUGAUUGAUGAAGCCCGAGAUGCUUCAGUAAAGCAACAAAUGGGAGUUGUUUUGCGAUAUGUAAAUAAAAAUGGACAUGUGAUAGAGCGAUUCAUUGCAUUGGUUCAUGUGCCUGAUACCUCUGCAAUUUCUUUAAAGAAUGUUAUUGAUUGUUUAUUUGCUAAACACAAGUUGUCUCUUUCGAGGUUAAGAGGGCAAGGAUAUGAUGUGGCUUCAAAUAUGCGAGGUGAAUUCAAUGGUUUGAAAGCACUUAUUUUAGAAGAAAAUCCAUAUGCAAGAUAUGUACAUUGUUUUGUUCACCAACUACAAUUAGUGGUUGUUGCCGUUGCUAAAGAGAAUCGAAUUAUGAGUGAUUUUUUCCACUAUGUUAAUAUGAUUGUUAAUACCACCGGAGCAUCAUGCAAAAGGAGAGAUCAACUUCGGCAACAUCAUCAUGAUAGAUUGGUUGAGCAAUUGGAGAAAGUAGAGAUAGUCAGUGGUAAAGGAAAAAUUCAAGAAUCCAGUUUAGCACGACUAGGGGAUACUCGUUGGGGAUCGUAUUACACUACAAUUCUUUGGCUAAUUUCUAUGUGGACCUCAAUUUUAGAGGUACUCCAAAAUGUGCAUGAUGAUGGAGCUUCUAGUAAUAAUAGAGGUAUAGUGGGAAGUUUGAUUGACAAAAUGGAGAAUUACCAGUUUGUAUUUGUGAUGUACUUGAUGAGGCGUUUAUUGGGGAUGACAAAUGAGUUGUCACUUGCCUUAUAUCAAAAGAACCAAAAUAUUGUUCAAGCCAUGCGAUUGAUUGAAGUGGUGAAAGCUCGUCUUCAACAUUUUAGGGAGGCAGGAUGAGAGGAGUUUUUGGGAGAAGUUACCUCUUUUUGUAAGGGGAACUCAAUUGAUGUGCCUAAUAUGGAGGAUAAUAUGCCAAUUCGUGGUCGUUCUAGGCGGGAAAGACAAUUCAUUACUCAUUUUCACCAUUAUCGUGUAGAGAUUUUUUGUGAGGUUAUUGAUUUGAUUUCUCAAGAAAUGCUCAACCGCUUUCCUGAAGCUAGCACGGAGUUACUUCUUUUGGUAUCAUGCCUUGAUCCUAGAGACUCAUUUUCUAAAUUCAACAUCCAUAAGCUACUUUGUCUUGCAAAGAUGUAUCCUGAAGACUUCUCGGUGACUGAACAUAUAAUGCUUGAGGAUCAACUUGCUACUUUCAUUUAUGAUGUGCGACAUGAUGAUGAUUUUGCAAAUGUCGGGGACUUGGGAGAUUUUGCUAUGAAGAUGGUUGAUACUGGAAAAUGUACUAUUUUUCCACUUGUUUAUCGCCUUAUUGAGUUGGCAUUGAUUUUGCCAGUUGCGACAGCUACUGUUGAGAGGGCAUUUUCGGUGAUGAAUAUUGUGAAAACUGACUUGCGCAACAAAAUGGGAGACGAGUGGAUGAACGAUAGCAUGAUUGUCUAUAUUGAGAAAGAGGUUUUUGCCACUAUUGACAAUGAGGCGAUUCUACAAUGUUUUCAAAAAAUGCAAACUUGUCGUAUUCAGUUACCUUCUUUGAGUAGCAUGCGUCGCACAGAUAGCAGUUCUAGCUCAAGCGUGGAUAGAUAAACGCUUUAUGUUUUUUGUGAUUGUUUUAAUUAAAUGUCACAAUAUCACACUAUUUUGUAUCGAAUACAAUUGUUAUGUUGACUG